AUGAAAACAAAGAUUGAGUAAGCUUGUUAAAAACAAAAAAAGCAUUAAGAAGAAGGAUAAAGACUUCUAGCUUUGGGUUAAAAAUUUUACUUUCAAUAUGAUUUGCAUUCUAUAGAUUUUGUCACAUAAUUUCUGCCUUAAUUUUUAGAUUAUUAUGUGAACUCUUAAAAGAGAGAUAAGUAUGCUAAUCUAUUGCCAUUAAUUUCAAAAACAAAUUGCCGAUAUAGAAAUAUAUUGACUAAAUUUGAUUUGAAUCUAUUAUUUCCUGGAAGAAUUUGGGAAUCUGAAAUGACACGUAAUUAUAAAUAUAAAAACUUAUAGCAUAAUUUUUAGAAUAGAUGUCUGAUUAACGUAAUUUAAGUUUACCUUCACUUUUUUAUUUAAUUAAAUUAAUAUUGUAAGGAGAUUUUUUCAUUGAAUAGAAUGAAACAACAAAAUUAUCAUAAUAUCAUAUGUAUAAAUUUAAGAAAAUGUAUUUUUAAUAAUUUAAACUACCUUAUUCACAAUAUUAUUAAAUAUAUAAUCAAUAUCUAUAAGGAGAAUCUGUAAUUGUUCAAAUAAUACCAAAUGAAAAAUUUACUCUAAAUAAUCAAAAUAAGCUUGAAACUUUAUAAUAUGUUGAUACUAUUGUUUUUGUUACUUAAUCAUUGUUAUAACAUGAAAAUGUAAGAAAAUAUCAAAAUCAAUAAGAUUAAAAUCCUUUUCUUUUAGAUGAUUACAAUGUAAUAUAAGAAAUAUAAAAACCUAAUAAAUAUGGUUAGAUAAAAAUUGGAGAUAAUCCUACCAUUUAAGGUUAUUAUUAUAUGGAAUGAAAAAUAAAGUUUCAUUUCUUUAAGUCCUACAAUUAUUUGUCAGAUAUAAUAAAUACUAUUAAAGGACAUGAAACAGCAUAUAUAUAUCCAAAUUAUCAUUUAGACUAAUUAUAAUAUAACUCUUAUUGCAAAUAUUAUAAUUAUUCAAGUAAAAUAUUUUAAUUAUUUUUAAUUUAUGAGUAAUUAAAAGUUAAGUAUGGAUAUUAUGAUAUACUUGAUAUUAUUAAUCAUAUAAAUUAUUAAUAAGUAUUUUGUUAUGAUUCUAUUGAAUAUAUGCAUUGUAUUAUAUUAGAUGAACUUUAAGAUGUUCCUAAAGCAUUAUUAAUACUUCUAAAUAGAAUGACUUAAGUUUAAUUAUUUUUAGCUGGAGAUAAUGCAUAAAAUAUUGUUAAAGGAAUUGGAAUUAAAUUUUCAGAUAUUUAAACUUGUCUUGAAAAUGAAAAAAAAUAAAAAUCAUCUAUUAAAUUUAAUAAAACAUCUUUAAUUAGAUUGUCUUAUAACUUUAGAUCUAGCAAUUAAAUUUUAUAAUUAGGUAAUGCAAUAGUUAAUGUACUUGAAUUAUUUUAUCCAAAUUAAAUUGAUAUUCUUUAAAAAGAAAAAUCAAUUUAUUAAAGUCCAAAACCAACAAUUAUUUAAAGUAUUAAAAUCUAGGAUUUAUUGAACUAUUUAUAUAAAUAGUAUAAAAAUAAAUAGAGUAAUGUAGAUUUUUGUUAUAAUUCAGUAAUUAUAGUAAGAGAUUAGGAUUCUAAAUUGAAAAUUCCAAUUGAAUUAUAAAAUGCAAUAAUUUUAACUAUUUAUGAAGCAAAAGGUUUAGAAUUUGAUGAUGUAAUUCUAUAUAAUUAUUUUGCUGAUGCUGAUGUUAAAGAUGAUGAUGAGGAUGUAUGGGAUAGACUUUAAUCAUUAGAAAUAGUCAAAAUAACAAUGGAUAAACAUGAUUGGAGUACAAAAUGUAAAAUAAUUUAUUAACAUAUUUAGAAAAUAAAAAUUAAUUUUUAACACAUACAAAUUUAAGUAAACAUGAAGUGGAAUUGACAAAAAUGCAAAUUAAAUAAUUUAAUUGCAAAUAGAAAUAGAGUUUUACAACUAUUAUAAUCCAAACAAAAUUCAUUUAUCACUUUAAUAAGAAUUAAAAUAACUUUAUGUUGCAAUAACUAGACCAAAAAAGAAAUUAAUAAUAUUUGAUUAAUCGUUAUAAAAUAGAUAUUAUAUUUAAAAUAUUUGGGAAGAAAUGGGAUUUGUAGAAAUAAUAUAAGAAACCUAAUGAUAAUAAAUAUAAGAAUAUUAAUUUAUAUUAUCAUUUUCAAUAGAUAAUAAAUCUAAUUGGAAACAAUAAGGAUAUAGAAUGCUUAAAUAAAAUAAUUAUGAAUAAGCUUAUAAAUGUUUUAUGCUUGCUUCAGAAAUUGAAUUAGCUAAGAAAUCUAUGGCUUAUAAUUUAGCAACAUAAGCUUCUCUUAAUUAUUCUAAUAAUAUUUAUUUAUUUGUUUAAGCAGCUACAUUAUUUGAAGAAAUAAAUUUACAUAAAAGAGCAGCUUCUUGUUAUUUUUCUGGAUAAUAUUAAUUAGCUGGUUAAAUAUUUUCAGAAUUAGGAGAAGUUAGAAGAUCUAUUGAAUGUUUUAAUAAAUAAAAUCUUUGGGAUGCUUCUAUAAAAUAACUUAGCUUAAAUAAAGAUUAUUUUACUACUGAAGAGAAAAUGAUGUUCUUAAAUAUUAUAAUUCCUUAAUAUUUGAAAAAAAUAAUUGAAGAAAUUGAAAAAGAAGAAUUAUUAGAAUAACAAAAAGAAUCUCUUAUUAAUCCUUAUGAUGAAACUUAAAGUUUUUAAGUUGAAAAUUCAGUUAUGGAUGAAAGUUAAUUAUAGAAUAAUAAUAUUGAAAAUGAUUAGGAAAUUAUUAAUUUAGAAAAUAAUGAAGAUUCAUAGUCUUUUCAAGUUUUUAAAGAAGAUUCAUUUGAUCAUUUAUCUAUUUAUGAUCCUGAUGAUGAAUGGAUUAAACCAGAAAAUAAAUCAUUAAUUAAAUCUAUUGCAUCUUCUAGUGUAGAAUCAAAAUUUACUAAUGUCUUAUUAAUGAUUUAACCAUCAAAUAUUUCACUUCUUAAAUCAAGAUUAAAUAUUUUUAUGAAAAAUAAUAUUAUGUUAGAAUUAGCUGAAAGAUUUUAAUAAUUUUAAGAUGAAUUUAAACUUCUUUUAGAAAAUUAAAAAAGUUAAUGUGUAUUAUUAUCAUUUAGAAAGUAAGAUGAAAAAGAAUUUGAUCACAUGAUUAAUUUUUUAUAUGAUUUAGAGUAGAAUCUGUAUACUUUACAUUGGAUAUUUUAGAAUAUUUUAAAAGUUAUAAACUAUGUAUUUAUGUUUGUAAUCAAUUUAAAUUAUCAUCACAUUUAGGUAGAUAUUUGGUGUCUUUAGCUUCAUAAUAUACACCUGUUACAAAAAAUAAUUUUAAAAUAGAAAAUUGGAUUAUUGGUAAUAAUUUAAAAAGGAAACGUUUAUUAGAUUAAGCACUUGUAGCUUAGUUAGCAUUUAUAAAUAUUUUAGAAUCAAUUAAUCCAAUUUAUUUAUAAUUUAAAAAUGAAGAAUAACUUCAUUCUUCUCAUAGUUUUGGAAUAGAUUGUUAUAAAUAAUUAAUUGGAUUAGGUUAUUGGAAAACUAUAAUUUAUUAAUUAAACUAUUAAAAUGCAAUAAAUUUAUGUCAAUCUUUCAAUAAUUAUUAAGAUUUGAUAAACUUAAUUUAAAAAAUUAAAGAAUAAAGAAAAUUAACAGAAGAAGAACAUUAUUAAUUAAUUAAAUAUAAUUAUUUUAUUUAAUUAGAAUAAUAUUUUCUAUAAAAUUAAUCUUAGAAUGUUAAUUUUGAUUAAGAAUUCGAGAUAACGAUUUAAUGUGUUUCCUAAAAAAAAUUAACUAAAUCUAAUUUAACAUAAUUAAUAAAUAAUUCAAAAUUAAAUCAAGUAAACCUAACAAAUUAAGAGAAACUUAAAUAAUUAGAAUCUAUAAUUUUAGGUAUGUUUUGUUCUAUGGGAAUAAUAAAAUUUGAAUUUGAUUAAUAUUCUACUAUUAUUGAUUUAAUUUAACAAUAAUAAUACGUUAUAAAUCAAUUACCAUUUGCUUAAAAAAGAUCAAAUAUAAUUGAAGCACUUUAAUUUAUAUUUAAAUUCUCUUUUCCUAUUGGAGAGAUAAUGAUAGAUUUUUCUUAAUAUUGUAUUAUACAUAUAACAUCGAAACUAAUUAAAAAUGUUAAUGAAUAAAUGAUAUUUAUGGAUAUUGCAUAUGAAUAUGUUUUGAUACCUUUUGAAACAUUAGGAAAAUUAAUAAAAUAAUAUUUAUAUAAUUAAAAACCAAUCUAAAUAUUAUAUUAAACUAUUCAAAAUUAAUAAGAAGAAUAAGAUAUAACAACUAUUUUUUAAUGUUUAAAAUAAAGAUUAUAAUAUUAAUAUGAGAAUGUUCUUACAUAUUUAACUUAGACAUCAAAAGAUCAAGCAGAUUAUUAUUCAAAAGUUGUAUAUGGAAAUAGAUAAAAAAAUAUUUAAAAUAUAGUUGAAGAUCAUGAAACUUCUAUUUUACAUUUUUCUAAAUUUGAUGAGAUUAGAACUUUUCAUAAAUGGUUAUUAUAAACUAAUAAUAGAUUUAAUAAAAUGAAUAAAUAAUUUAAAUAUUAUUUAAAAAAUGAAAGUAUAGUUUUAUUUGAGUAAGGUAUUAAUAAUUCAAAAUAAAAACAUGGUUAUUUUAUCUUAGCCUUAAAUUUGUUACACUUCUAAAAUGAUAUACCAUUAGCUAUUUUUACAUUAUAGAAUAUGANAAUAUAAUUAUUUUAUUUAAUUAGAAUAAUAUUUUCAAUCAACUAAAAGUUUGAAUGUUAAUUUUGA